AUGGUUAGCAAUCUACCAACGCGGGCUCUUCAAGAGGAUCCAGAAUAUGAUCCGUUCUGCGAUCCUGCUGCACCCAAAAAGAUAAAGUAUGAAGAUAUUUUGGCCGCUUCACGUCGAUGUGUGGGCUGUGUUGUUAAUACACCUUGCAUGAAAGCCCACAUGUCGGAAACGCUUGGAAUUGAUUUAUAUUUCAAACAGGAGUUUCUCCAACACACCGGAAGUUUUAAAGAGCGCGGUGUAUGUAACACACUCCUUCUCCUUUCGGAUGAGCAAAAGAAGAACGGAGUUAUCACGGCUUCAACUGGCAACCAUGGAUCGGCAUUGAGCUACCAUGCCACACGCCUAGGUAUACCUUGCAUAGUAGUGAUGCCACUUCGUGCGCCACUAACCAAGAUCACAAAGUGUACCAACUUCGGAGUUAAACCUAAAUUACACGGUGCCAACAUAGGCGAAUCAAAAUUAUUUGCCAUGACUCUCGGAAAGGAACGAAAAAUGAUGUACAUUAAUGGGUUCGACCAUCCUAAUAUUGUAGAGGGACAAGGAACUGCAGGACUUGAGAUUUUGGCCCAAGUUCCAGACGUGGAUGCAAUUAUUAUACCGGUGGGAGGAGGCAGUCUUAUAACUGGAGUCGCCGUUGUCGCUAAGCAUCUUAAGCCAAAUGUCGAAAUUUACGGAGUGGAGACGGAUAAAACAUGCAGUAUGGUGGAGACAUUCCGCAAAAAUGAGCGAAUUUAUUUUCCAAUAGACACAACGAUCGCUGACGGAUUAGGUGUCAAUAAAGUUGGAGUUAACACAUUUCAUACCUUAAAGGGCAUUGUUGACAAAUUGGUUGCAGUAAAGGAAGAUUGGGUUGCUCGUGCGGUGAUGCACAUUGUAGAAGAGGAAAGGUUUGUUGUAGAAGGUGCGGGUGCAGUGGGGGUCGCUGCUGUGAUGGCUGGCCUAUUUCCCAAUUUGAAGGGGAAAAAGGUGGUGUGCAUUCUCACCGGCGGCAAUAUCGACACUAACAUUCUGGCGCGGGCCCUGGAGCGCGGAAUGGCGGCCGAGGGGCGGUUGGUCAAGUUCAAGGUGACGGUAAGCGACCGCCCCGGGGGCAUGGCCGACCUGUGCAACGUGAUGGCCCAGUGCGGUGUCACGCUUCGCGAUUGCAUCCCCGAACGCGCUUGGGUCAAGGGUGACGUGUUCAGCGUUGAGGUGAAAGUAAUUGCCGAAACAAGAGGUUGGGAACACACGAGAGAACUCAUGGAAAGCAUCAAGAAAAACUUUAAAGAGUGCGUCUUCCCUGAGAUGGGCGCCCACGCUGAGAAGUCCACCGUCCGCCGAGGACCGUGCCUCGCGCCUAAUCCAGAGGACUAUGAUGAGCUCUGCGACCCAGACAAUCCGAGACAAAUCAAAUACGAAGAGAUAGUGAGCGCAUUUAACCAAAGCAAAGCAUUCAUAAAUCAAACGCCAUGUUAUCACUCGCAAAGUAGUAAGGAUUUCGGUAUAAACAUAUAUCAUAAGUUGGAAUUUGUUCUAAAAACUGGAAGUUUUAAGGAGCGAGGAGCAUUAAACGCUCUACAGAAAUUGCCCCUUAAUAAGAAAAAGAUCGGGGUAGUUUUGGCUUCGCUGGGUAAUCAGGCGAUGGGACUAUGCUAUUAUGGUCGCAUCUUGAACAUACCCGUCAUUGUUGUGAUGCCAAAAGGAGUGCCUAUAAUAAAGGUGCAGAUGUGUAAAAACUAUGGAGCCAAAGUUAUCGUGGAGGGCAACGAGUUGCCCGAUUCCCAGAAAUACGCCCGGCGCAUCGCAAGAGAGAAAGGGCUGACUUACAUUAAUGGUCGCGACCACCCGGACGUUCUAACUGGCUACGGAGGUGUUGCCCUCGAGAUAUUGGAACAGGUGCCGAAUAUCGAUGCCGUGAUAGUGCCGGUCGGGACCGGCGGCCUCUUGGCAGCGGUCGCCACCGUCAUAAAACACGCAAAGCCCGAUUGUCUUGUAUACGGCGUUCAAUCAGAAAUGAUGCCAACAUUUUAUGAGUCGCUGGAAAAUGGGAGUGCUGUUACUAAGCCCAUGAACAAUUCUCUCGCAGAAGGGAUUGCUAUGCCCUACGUCGGAGCAAACUCCUUCCAUAUAGCACACCAGCUAAUUGACAAAAUGAUGCUUGUAGCGGAGGACUGGAUAGCCCGUGCUGUAUUGCAUUUGAUAGAAAAGGAGCGAUUUGUAGUAGAAGGCGCUGGUGCUUGUACUAUGGCGGCGAUCCUAAGUAGUCUGGUGCCUGAAUUGAAGUCUAAAAAUGUCGUAUGCAUUUUAAGCGGAGGCAAUAUAGACGCUAUUCUAUUAAACCGUUCUAUAGAAAGGGGGCUAGCAGCUGAAGGUCGUUUGGUGAAAUUUAAGGUUGGCAUCAAGGCGGAGUCGGCACAAAUGGCUCAACUACUGAAACUUAUUGCAGACGGCGGAUAUAAUUUAGUACGCCAGUUCAUGGACCGUAUAUGGGUUGAGGAAGAAAUACACCAUGUUGAGGUUAAAAUUGUAUGUGAGACAAGGGAUCUACAGCAUGCUUUACAGCUCAAAAAAAUGAUUGAAGGAGCUUACCCAACAACCGCCUUCUUUGAAACUAAACCACUCAAUGAUAAACAUAUAUGCCCAUGUUAUAUAAGAAAAUCA